UGGCCAAGGGACUGGGAUUUGUUUGGCAUGCUUGAGAGCCCACUAAAAUAUUCUGGUGAGAGUCUGUGAAGAGAAUCUUAAAUCUUCCUCCUGCCUCAACAGUUUGGGUAUGUGGAGUUGAUGUUUUGUCCAAAGGAAACUGUGGUCUAAGGGUGGUAUGAGAUGAGGAGAGUAAUCCUUUCCAUGGUUGCACCUCUGCGCCUCUCUUUUCUCAUAGCUCAAGACUUCAGCUGAUAGAAUUUCAGAGGGAGUAGACCAAAUUGGCAACAAAAUAAAACAGACACUCAAAUUCAAGGAAGAGUGAGGAAAAAAUAAGCAAGUCUGUGGAUCUUUUUCCAUGUCAUUGCAAGUAACCAGCAGAACAAUUUGCAUUGAUCUAUCCUAGCUGAUUUGCAAAGACCAAUGGAGAGAAAUCUGAAACAGUAUGACAAAGAAUGCAUGAAGACAGCUAUGUUGAAGCAGGAAAAAACCUUCAGACACCAGGUACAUGAGCUUCACCGUCUGUACCGAGUCCAGAAGCUGUUGAUGAGAGACAUGAAGAAUGUGGAGCUGAAGAGACAGCAGGCAUUCACACAAAACCGACCCGGUCUUGAGAGAAGAAAUGUAGAGAAUGAGAGAGGUACAAAUCAAUCAUGUUAUGGUAGUUACAUAUGUCAGUGGAAGCCUUAUCAGACACUCGAUCUGGGACUCCCAGCAGUAGAGUGCAUUGGAAGGGAUGAUGGAGAUGUCAUGCUAGAGGUUGAAGAAGAAAGCGACUUAGAGCUGACGCUGGCCAUCGGAAGCAGCAGAAGCCGAAGGAAGAAAGAAGAGACAUCAUUUACUUCAGAUUCUGGAGCAUGCUUUUCUUCGUCUUCAAGCGAGUCAGCUGUGGUGAAAUUGAACAGACAGGAGUGGGGACUAUUUCAUGUGCCAGACAUAUCCAUGAGGUUUCCAGAUGAGACCAAGAGCUGCUUUAAUGUGGAAGGAAGAAUGAGGGAGGAUCGCCUGAAACAGCCUCCUUGGCUCUUCCAAUGCUUGAGUCUUGACAUGGCAUCAUAGCCUUCUUAGAUUGCAAUGGUCCAUAUCGUUGUAGCUGUUGAACAGAAUCUCAUGGUAUUAUCAUGUUCCUUGCUGACAAAUUUGUAAUA